UCUCCGUCUGCGAUAUUUUUUCAUUUCUAGUGUACGAGCGGCCGCGUUUGGCUGCGCGACGAAAGUUCGCAUUCUGGUGAUCGUUGUAAAGACAAAAAAGUUCGGGCGGCGAGACGGCAAGUGAAGUACAAAGAAAAUUUCAGAAUUCUUCUGAUCCCGGGCCCUGAGCGCGCGUGUGCGUUACAACAUACGUGGCGGUACUUUUACAAAAAAAUUUGAAUUUCAUAGAAAAAUGUGCAACUAAUUAAAUGUUUGUUUCUUGAUGAAGUGAAAGUUCUUUUGUAAUUAAUCUGUCAUAAAAUUAUUCAGCAGCUCGCACGGAACACCCACGAAGUGCAAAAUCGUCCCCUUUCCGACACAGGUGUCAAAGGGUUAACGAAUGCGUUGCGACGCCUGUGAGAGUGAUCGGUUAAAGACUACUAUAGAUCACCCAGCACCCAACGAAAACAUAAGGAGUUAACAAAGGAAACAGGGCCCCGUAAAGGGUGCCUCGGAUAUACAACUACAGCAAGAGGCUUAGAAAGUAAAUCUAUAUUAAUCGGCGCUCAGAAGAAAGAACGUGAAAAAUGGAGCAAUUCGAGCAACUAUUGACCUGUUGUGUGUGCCUUGAUCGGUACCGCAUACCAAAACUGUUGCCAUGCCAGCAUUCGUUCUGCAUGGAACCGUGUAUGGAAGGUCUCGUGGACUAUGUACGAAGACAGGUGAAAUGUCCCGAGUGCCGUGCAGAACAUCGCAUACCCUACAAUGGAGUACAAGCCUUCCCCACAAAUGUAACAUUGCAGCGUUUUCUGGAGUUACACAUCGAGAUAACCGGCGAAUUACCAGAUCCGACGUCAGGACAAAUCAUGGAGCGAUGCAGUGUGUGUUCAGAGAAAUCGUACCUCUCGUAUUGUGCGCAUUGCGAGAAGAAGAUCUGCGAGGACUGUAAAAGCGCGCACAUGGAUAUAUUGCGUCGUGAGAUAACAAGAUUCAAUUCACAAAUUCGGCGCAGUUUACAUCGGCUGCAGGACACACUCGCCAUAAUUGAGAAAAACUCGACUAGUCUGCAAACAAAUUGCGUCGGCGUAACCGAAGAGAUCGAUGAGAUCUGUAGACGCAUCACCAAGGCGAUUAAAGAUCGCACUGAUCAACUGAGAAGCGAAGUCGAUCGCUAUCUCACCAUUGAGAUGCGAAAUCUGACAACGCUUAGGGAAAAUCUCGAUCACGAGAUUCAGAACAUAUCAAGCAAUUGCGAUAUUGUUGAUAAAUACAUGAAUGAGACGGUCGAAUGGGAUGAUUGUGAACUGAUGGACACGAAAGAGAUCUUCCUCAAGACGGUUGAGUUCCUGCGUCACUUCGAGUAUGAGAAUACAGAUUAUACCCGCCGUGUGCGCUUCCUUGUAUCAAUUGAUCCGAAUCAGCUUGUGUUGAAUCUGGCCACUUUCGGUGAUUUGAACAUAGCACCACAUUCACAACCCAGUGGUUCUGUAAGCAGUUCGCAUUUGGCGCCCCCUUCGGGUCUGCAACCUGGUUUGAUGCGCUCGAAGAGUGAUCAUCGCUUGGCCACACAGUUCCGUCAGCAAGAGGAACGCGUCGGCUAUAAUGAUGAACCGGUUUUAGGAGGCCGAAAGUUCGGUGAGCGACCAGUACGUGCCAACAACAACGAUCGCUAUGGCGAAGGUAAUAGUCGCUAUGGUCGAGGCACCGACUACGAUUACGAGAAUGAAUACGACAACGAUCAGUCAUCGUCCCGCCCUGGAAAGUCAUCACGUUUCCGUUCACGCUUUGUUCGUUCUCACCAAAACGACGACUCCGACAGUGAACAACAACAAGCGCAACGUCAGCAAGAGCUGGAAAAGAAGAAGGACCGUGUUGUCAGCGGUGAGGAUGUGUCACGUGGCCAGCUUAGUGGUAUUAUACGACUAAGUGAUUGUGCGCGUGUUAUUCAACGUUUAGCUGACAUCGGUAAGGAAAAGAAGGAGAAGAAGGUGGACACCGCAGCCCAAGCGGCUGUACAGGCGGCCAUUCAAGCACAAAAGGCGUCAAUGCAACGUCCCAAGCAAGGAGCGGCCACUCAAAGACAAGUAUCCGAAGAUGAUGAGAUAAGUCGCAUAAAACGUCAGAACAAGAACGCACCGGGUGGGGCCACGACACAAACGUCUGCUGCCAACACGACUGCACAGUCGACAGAGUCUGAGCGACCGGCUGCCGAUCGUGUAGCUGCACUCAAGCGAACUGGCGUUUCGCAAGGAACUAGCGAGGAGAGCGACAGCUCCAACCAUGCUUCACCAUCCAAGACGCCCGUCUCAGCACAAGUGGCUGCCGUCAAGAAGACCACGCGUUCGGGCAGUAGCGAUUCGACCGCGUCUACGGAGAGUUCUACCAGUUCGGCUGCUGCUGCCGCACCGAGCAGCUCUCGCGCCCGCGAGAGCCCGGCACGUUCCCGUGCUACACCAGCCGCUAGUGCGGCCAACACAAGCAGCAACAGCACGCCAACGGCCGAGAAGAAACCGUUCGUUAGCCGCUUCCUGCCACAGCAUAGCAGCGCGGCAGCUAGCAGUGAGAAAAAGAAGGCGGAAAGUGAAUCGAGCAGCGAGGAGGAAACCUCCAGCGAAGAAUCAGAAGAUGAAGUCGACACGAAAUCAAAAUCUACCGCCGCCACUAGCUCUAGUUUGGCGGCAAAGAGUCCGGUCGGUAGCAGUGCCCUGUCGUCGGCAGGUGCAGGCAGCUCGAGUGGCGCUUCUUCAUAUCGUGAGCGCUUGGAGGCGCGUCGCAACUCACGUGACGACGCAUCCACCCGCACUUCGUCCAGUUAUGCAACUCCAUCCAGCAGCGGCACAAGCGGCUACGGCUCUUCAACACGCCAACGCGCUGUGCCGGCUCCACAUCACUCUCACGACACGGAGGAUCGUUAUGGCAGUGGCAGCGCCGCCUCUGGCAGCAGCUACACAAGCCGCUUUCUAAACAAAAGCAAGAGCAGCGCCAUUGUGUCACAACCAUCGCUCUCCACGCCCACUGCUUCCUUCGAUGAGGAUGCCAACGGCACUGGUGACGAUUCGGACUCACGCUAUGGCACCGGACGUUCGCGCUAUUUGGCGAUGAAGGAGCGACGCAGCCGCUUGGCGCGCAGUCGCUCCUCGCACGCGCUCGGCAACGAAGACGACGAUCUGGAUGAGCCGGUAUCGCCCACAACGGCAUCGCCAUCUGCUUACUUGGCUUCAAGAUACUCGGGUUAUGGCGGCACCGACUUGGCACGCAGCCGUUCCUCGCACGCACUGAAGUCGCGUGAUAACUCACCAAUCACCGAUCGUAGUACCACAUCAGGACGCAGCGCUAUUGUAACGGCCGCCGGCUCCAGCACGUCCGCCGCAGCGGACAGCAAAGACGGCGAGGCGUUGAGCUCCUGGGCGCGCUACUUAAAGAACAAGUAUGGCAAUAAGAGCGCCAAGGACACACCGUCUAGCAGCAGUAGUGGCGCCUCAGCAGCGCCAUCGUCUUCGCAUAGCCAUGGCGCUGGCGUUGGCAGCAGCAGCGGCAGUGGUAGCAGUGCGAGCCGUAGUCACGCCAGCGACGUGUCGCGUCGCCUCAGCUUGGGGCUGCCGUUGCGGCAGGCCAACGAGCUGGCCUCAUCCGAUGAUGACGGUUCAAAAAACGGGCUAGGCUCCCCUACCUCCCCUACGGUAGCAGCAGCAGCCGGUAUAACCGGAGUAGCAGGUACUUCCCUUAGGGAUUUGUACUUGCGUAAACGGCAGCAGCUGUUCCAAUUGGGGGGACGGGGGAGCGAGCCCGGAUCCUUUACAUGGCCGCGCGGCGUAGCAGUUGGCCCAGACAAUAGUUUCGUCGUCGCCGACUCGUCUAAUCAUCGCAUUCAAGUGUUCGACUCGAACGGUAUUUUCGUGCAGUCAUUCGGAGAUUUCGGUUGCCGCGAAGGCGAGUUCGACUGCUUGGCCGGUGUGGCGAUCAAUCGCAUUGGACAAUACAUAGUAGCAGACAGAUAUAACCACCGCAUACAAGUGCUCGAUCCACAAGGACGUUUCUUGCGCGCUUUUGGCUCACAAGGUCAAACUGAUGGCAAAUUCAAUUAUCCUUGGGGCAUAGCCACCGAUUCGUUGGGCUUCAUUUAUGUGUGCGACAAAGAGAAUCACCGAGUGCAAGUAUUUCAAUCUGAUGGCACUUUUGUUGGCAAAUUCGGCCAACUCGGUCCGCUGGAAGGUGAACUUGAGCACCCGCAUUACAUUGCUGUUUCGAAUACGAAUCGGGUUAUUGUAUCCGAUUCCAAUAAUCACCGAAUUCAGAUCUUUGAUGUUAACGGAAAGGUCCUGAAGACAAUCGGUUCCGAGGGCUCCGACGACGGACAGCUUAAGUUCCCACGGGGCAUCGCUGUGGAUGAUCAGGGUUACAUUGUAAUCGCCGAUGCGGGUAACAAUCGCAUACAGAUCUACAGUCCGGACGGCACUUUCUUGCGUGCCUUCGGCUCCUGGGGUUCUGGUCGUUCAGAAUUCAAAGGACUCGAGGGUGUUGGCAUCAUGUCGAACGGAAAUAUUUUGGUGUGCGACCGCGAGAAUCACCGUAUUCAAGUCUUUUAGCGAUAGCGAUCGGUCAUGAAUAAAUAUAAAAAAUUCGUAAAAACAACAAAAAUCAGAAUUUAUGUUUGUAAACGAGGCAGCCGCUUGUCUCUUUCUGUUCACCACCACAUACAGAUUUACAAACAUCUCAGCAUAUACGCAUACACAUAUAC